CAUACAGUACCAUAGUACCACUUGACAAGAGUGAUAGAGAGGUGGUAAAUUCGCAUAUCAACUCUAGUAGUUGUCCAACGCAUUGGAUAUUCUUAUCUUCAGUUCGCUCCAGAUUACUUGGAAAUUGAAGAAACGUAAGCGAUUUAGUCGGUAAAACAUGUUAACAGAGGUGCUUGGUGUAAAUGAAAUGAAAUCGAAGGCUUUGGAGGCAUUCGUAGAAAAAUUUGGAGAACAUGCAAAUAUUUGUGUUUGCGGGCCAGGUCGGGUGAAUUUGAUUGGAGAACACACCGAUUACAACCAAGGAUUUGUGUUACCGAUGGCCUUGCCCAUGGUCACAGUCAUAGCUGGAAAACUUAGUAAUGGAACAAAGACUAAAAUUAUUUCUUUUAAUGAGACAGUAAAAUCGGAAAAUGCAGUUGAAUUUGAAAUUGGUACUCACAAUACCAUUAAACCAGGCAAACCACAAUGGGCUAAUUACAUAAAGGGAUGUAUAGCACAUUUUGUGUGUGAUGUACCAUCCUUUAAUGCAGUGGUUCUAUCAUCUGUACCAGUUGGUGCUGGGCUUAGCAGUUCAGCUGCUUUGGAAGUUGCUACUUACACAUUUUUAGAAGCAUUAACUAAUGUACAAUCAAAAACACUGGAAGCUAAAGCAUUAGCAUGUCAACGGGCAGAACACGAUUUUGCUGGAGUUCCAUGCGGUAUCAUGGACCAGUUUAUUUCAGUAAUGGGAAAAGAAGGCUAUGCUCUUCUUCUUGACUGCAGAGACCUUAGUACUAAGCAAAUACCUAUAUCACAAAUAAAUGACUAUGCUUUUCUCAUUACUAAUUCGAAUGUUCCUCAUAAAUUAAGCUCAAGUGCAUAUUGUGAACGUAGGGAUAAUUGUUACAAAGUAGCAGAAAUAUUAAAUAAAAGCAGUUUACGCGACGCAUCUCGAAAAGACCUCGAGUAUUUACAAUCGCUUAAUGUACCCGACAUAUUGUUAAAAAGGGCUCGUCACGUAAUCACAGAAAUUCAAAGAACAGUUGAUGGUACAGCUGCUCUUGUGAAGGGAGAUAUGAAACGAUUUGGACAAUUAAUGAAUGAAAGUCACGAUUCAUUGAAAAACGAUUAUGAAGUUUCUUCUGUUGAAUUAGAUACGUUGGUAUCAGCAGCCAGAGAAGUAAAUGGUGUUUUGGGAAGUCGUUUAACUGGUGCCGGUUUCGGAGGUUGCACAGUGACCUUAUUAAAAAAAGAUGUUAUCGACGAAACGAUUAAACAUAUUAAGGCUAAAUAUUCAGGAAAUCCUGCAUUUUAUAUAGCAAGUCCUGCAAUGGGUACAAGAGUGUUAGAUAUAAAUUGAAUUUAUUUUUAUGUCUGAAAAAUUUACUGAAUAGGCAUUUAUCGUGAUACACACGUAUAUAAGAAAUAUACGUGUUGUGUAUGUACAUACAUACAUUCAUUCGUAUAUACAUACAUCUUAUAUCUUA